AAUGUAUAAAAAGCGUGAUCCAAAUAAGAAGAAUCGUUCAGUUAUUGAUUCCAAGUCACGGGCAUCAUGUUCGUCUCUACCGUUUUGGCUGUUUCAUUCUCUGUGGUAGCGUUAAAUACGCUCGUAGCUGGUGAUCCAGCCACAGUUAUCACUAUGAACACCAUCAAAGUCACGAACAAUGCCAAUGACUACUUUGAUCCGUGGUCCUUUGAGAUUGGUAGAGGACAAAAGAACUCUCAGCUAAACGGUAAAAUGCCGACGAAAAAAGAAGUUCCAGACAAUAUGCUAUUCAAAUUCUUUUUGCAAAUGGACGGUCAAGAUCCUAUUGAACAGGUAACAUCUUUCUGUGAAGCUUUGAGUGAUGAAACAAUCGGAAAGACUUUCGUCGAUGCCGGCACUCCUGAUGGCACAUUCCCAAAAGAAUGCCCCUUCACUUCGGGUGACUGGGGUAUUUCAAAAUGGGAUCCUCCAUCGGAUUCGGUACCACCGGGAGUGAACGGCCCGUUCUCUGGUUACGUAAUGAUGUUUGAAGAAGGCAAGGACGCUAUCAUUCAAGUCGAUUUUGAGGGUGAAAUGUCAUAAUAAAAAAUGGCGGGACUCUAGAAUUUUGUCGAGGAUAGAUAAAUAAAAACAGACCAAUCACGAACGAAUUAAUUACAAUGAUCUGGCGCACCUAAAAGUACGUUUAACGAGAUAUGUCAAUCUUUUCAUAUUAACAAUAAAUUGAAUAAACUGAUACUAAUUUCAUAGUAUCGAUGAAUUUUACGUAAAAUGCA